AUGGAGCAAGAGAUGCCGAUGGUGGACAUAGAGGCUCAAGCUAACAAGAAGACAGAAAUGGAAGCCCCAGCCAUCUUUAAGAAAGCCAACCGGCCUGUUACGUUGAAGUUUGAGGACGUUGUUUACAUGAUCAAAAUUAAUAAAGGCGGAUUACUUAAGAAGAGCAAAAAUUCUGAAGAUAAAAUGAUCUUGAAGGGUAUCACAGGGAUGGUUCAACCUGGAGAAGUUUUGGCCAUGCUUGGCCCUUCUGGCAGUGGCAAAACAACAUUGCUGACUGCAUUGGGAGGCCGCCUUGGUGGACGGCUUGCUGGAACCAUAACCUACAAUGGCAAGCCCUUCUCGAAUGCAAUGAAGCGAAACACCGGAUUUGUUACACAAGAUGAUGUUCUUUAUCCCCACUUGACAGUGACAGAAACACUAGUGUUUACUGCUCUUCUCAGGUUGCCUAAUAGCCUGAGUAAAGAAGAGAAAAUCCAGCACGCAGAAGCUGUGAUAACUCAACUUGGUUUAACUAAAUGUAAUAAUAGCAUUGUUGGAGGAGAACGAUUGAGGGGGAUUUCUGGGGGAGAGAGGAAAAGGGUUAGUAUAGGACAAGAAAUGCUCAUAAACCCUAGUCUGCUAUUUUUGGAUGAGCCCACUUCAGGUCUUGACUCAACAACUGCUCAAAGGAUUGUAUCCACAUUGUGGGAGUUAUCAAAUGGAGGAAGAACAGUUGUUAUGACCAUACACCAGCCUUCAAGUAGGCUAUUUUACAUGUUUCAUAAGGUUUUACUGUUAUCCGAAGGUAACCCUUUGUAUUUUGGAAGGGGAUCAGAAGCAGUGGACUACUUUUCCAGCAUCGGAUAUUCCCCAAUGGUUGUCAUGAAUCCUGCAGAUUUUCUCUUAGAUCUUGCAAACGGUGUAUCCUCGGAUGAUUCACAUGAGGAUCAAAAUAAGAUUAAGCAGACGUUGGUAUCCGCCUAUAAGAUUAAUCUUGCUGACAAAUUGAAGGAAGAGCUUCAAGAACUUAGAAGCAGUCAAUAUCAAGAUGGAUUAGAUGACAAGCAAUUUGGCAGGUGGUCCACAACUUGGUGGCAACAAUUUUCUGUUUUGUUUACAAGAGGGGUCAAAGAGAGAAAGCAUCAGUCAUUCUCCGGCCUCAAGAUCGGUCAGGUCCUGGUUGUAGCUGUUCUUUCAGGACUACUAUGGUGGCAAUCUGAUGAUGCCCACCUACAGGAUAAGAUUGGACUGCUCUUCUUCGAAUCAGGAUUUUGGGGCUUCUUCCCUCUAUUUCAAGCUAUAUUUACCUUCCCUCAGGAGCGUAGGAUGCUUGAAAAGGAGCGUUCGUCUGGCAUGUACAGGCUCUCAUCAUACUUCAUGUCAACAGUCGUUGCUGACCUCCCCAUGGAGCUUAUCCUUCCCACAGUUUUUGUUGUCAUAACUUAUUGGAUGGCUGGCCUCAAAUCCUCAUUUGUAAACUUUGUGCAAACCUUGGUUGUCCUACUGCUCAGCGUAUUAGUAUCUCAAGGCUUAGGUCUUGCCAUUGGUGCUACGAUAAUGGACCAAAAGUCUGCCACUAUAUUAGGAUCAGUCAUCAUGCUGACAUUCCUUCUAGCUGGUGGAUUCUAUGUUCAACAUGUGCCUUCCUUUAUAGCUUGGAUCAAAUACAUUUCCAUUAGCAAUUACACCUACAAGCUCUUGAUAGGGUCUCAAUACAAACCUAGUGAAACAUACCCCUGCAAUAGUAAAGGUGGGUUUUGUUUGGUAGGGGAGUUUCCAGCAAUAAAGCAAGUGGGGCUAAGUGGGCAAGCCAUUGCUGUUGUUGCUUUGGUGAUUAUGCUAGUUGGGUACAGGCUCAUGGCUUAUGUUGCCCUCAUGAGGAUUGGGGUGACAAAGAAAGUAGAGUAGACAAUAAUUAUUUUGUCCUAUUUAAUCCAAA